UGUCUGCACUUUUUGGCGCAUUUAGAUUUAACACACACAUACACAUGUGUGUUGUGUGUGUGUGUGUUGGCCACUUUUGUGUAUAAAAGCUGGCGCGGAUUAGCAGCCAGCAACAGACAACAGCGCAGCGUCCAACACAGACCUACUUCACUUUAUUAACUAAAAGUCAAUACCAGUCACAAAGGAUUAACAAUAUGUACAAGUUGGUGGUGUUGUUCGCUUUGCUCGCUGUAGCUGCCGCUCGUCCUGGUUAUCUGGAGGCGCCGCUGCUGCACAGCUAUGCUGCUCCUGCUAUCAUCCAUGAGCCUGCGCUGGCCAAGGUGGGCCACAUUAUCAAGUCCAUACCCACAGCCGUCUCCCAUCAGAGCAUCAGCCAGGUGCACAGCUCGGCGCACAUUGUGCAACCGAUUGUGGCACCAGUGCUGAAGACUUAUGCCGCGCCCAUCAUCAAGACCUAUGCGGCUCCUGCGCUGCACACCACUUAUCUGUCGCCUUCUUGGGCUGCUCAUGGCUGGGAGCAUGCCUGGUAGACACUCACACUCUAUUCUUAUAUCCAUUGCUGUAUAAUUGUUUUCACUAUUCACUUCACGCUCGACUGAUGUAAAUAAAGUUCAU